AUGGAUUCCUACGACAAGCCGAAGAAACAACCAGAUCUCCUCCUCACACAAGAAAGCCUCAAAGAAAACAAAGCCAUGCGCACACCCUCGGACAGCGCCGGCAUCCUCUGCGGCGCUCGAGAACCAUACUGCGAAUCCGGCUUCCCGGGAAUCUUCACCAGCCACUACGUCGCGCUCUGCGCGGCCUUCUCGGCCCUGGGCGGCUUGCUGUUCGGCUACGACCAGGGCGUCGUCAGCGUGAUUCUGGUCGAAGAGCAAUUCCUGCAACGCUUCACGCGCAUCGCUGAAGGGAGUGCAUCGGCGGGGUUCUGGAAGGGGUUGUUGACGGCCAUGAUUGAGCUGGGAGCGCUGCUGGGCGCGUUGAACCAGGGGUGGAUGGCGGAUAAGUUUUCGCGCAAGUAUUCGAUCGUCAUGGCGGUGGGGGUGUUCAUUGUCGGAUCGGCGUUGCAGACGGCCGCGGUGGAUUAUUCCAUGUUGGUGGUGGCGAGGUUCAUUGGGGGCUUGGGGAUCGGGAUGUUGAGUAUGGUCGCGCCGCUGUAUAUCGCGGAGAUUUCGCCGCCGGAGAUCCGAGGGGCGCUGUUGGUGUUGGAGGAGUUGAGUAUCGUGACGGGGAUCGUGGUGGCGUUUUGGAUCACGUAUGGGACGUACUAUAUGGCUGGGGAGUGGGCCUGGAGGCUGCCGUUCCUGCUGCAGGUCCUCCCGGGACUGGUGCUGGGGGUUGGGAUUCUGUUCUUGCCCUUCUCGCCCCGAUGGCUCGCGAGUAAGGGGAGGGAUCAGGAGGCGCUGGUGAAUCUGGCCAAGUUGAGGCAGCUUCCUACUGCGGAUCCGCGAGUGCAGCUGGAAUGGUUCGAUAUUCGGGCGGAGGUUGCGCUACAUAAGGAGAUCAGCGCGGAGCGACAUCCCCAACUACAAGAGCGGACGGGCAUGAACCGGUUCAAGUUGGAGAUUGCCAGCUGGACGGAUUGCCUCAAGCGCGGGUGCUGGCGAAGAACACACGUCGGUGUUGUGCUGAUGUUCUUCCAACAGGUGAGUUGAAGCACAACCCAGCCGAUUUCCCCUCGACUACGCUGACAGGUACGUACCCUUCGCAGUUUGUCGGCAUCAACGCUCUGAUCUACUACUCCCCGACACUCUUCGAGACGAUGGGCCUGGACUACAACAUGCGCCUCAUCAUGUCCGGAGUCCUCAACAUCUGCCAACUCGUCGGCGUGAGCACGUCCCUGUGGACCAUGGACCGCUUCGGGCGACGACCCCUCCUCCUCUGCGGCAGCGCCUUGAUGUUCAUCGCCCAACUGCUCAUCGCCGUCCUCGUCGGCAAGUUCUCCCACGACUGGCCCGCGCACCGUCCCGAGGGCUGGGCCUGCGUGGCGAUGCUCCUCUUCUACAUGGUCUCCUUCGGCGCUUCCUGGGGCCCGGUCCCGUGGGCCAUGCCCUCCGAGAUCUUCCCCUCGAGUCUGCGCGCCAAGGGCGUCGCGCUGAGCACGUGCAGCAACUGGCUCAACAAUUUCAUCAUCGGCCUGAUCACCCCGCCGCUGGUGCAGGAGACGGGCUACGGGGCGUAUGUCUUCUUCGCGGCCUUCUGCCUGCUCAGCUUCGUCUGGACCUUCUUCUUCGUCCCCGAGACGAAUGGGAAAUCGCUCGAGGCAAUGGUGAGUUUUUUCUUUCUCUCUGUUCUGUAGAUCUGUGGUGGAGCUGUCCCAUGCUGACGGUUUUUUUUUUUUUUGGAUAGGAUCAUGUUUUCAAGGACGUCAGUUCAGAGGCCGAAGCGUGGCGGAGGGAUAGGAUUGAGCGAGAUAUUGUCGCCAGAAGUACCGCUACGGCCUCGCCCGAGAUGAACGGGUAG